AGUUCGGCUGCAGUUCGACUGUGUGGCUUCGUCGUCCAAGCUUUCGGCGGGUCGACUCUACUGGUCCGUUAAAGCUCAGCUCAUCUGUCGAGCGCAAGCGCUAGAAAUUCGGCGCUCUGUGGGAAGAUGCUCCCCGCCAGAACCUUGCUGAGUGCAAUGGUUUGUAGCGAAGCCGAGUCACUGGUAUGAUUGGGGUUGAGCCAGGGUCAUCAUACACUGCAACCUGAACAGCCAGGGUCCAUGUUGAGGUAGGAUUUUGUUGAUCGUUGACUGAGGCUGUGGGAUGGUAGUGUGCUCGGUUCAUUCGUUGUGUUGAGAGAGUGGACCAUUGAGUGGGGCGCAAGGUUGGUGGAAGGGGGAUUGGCGGUGUCAACUUCUUGCCCUGGAAACUUCCCGCUGGAGUUUUUGCUUUUAUUUUGGGUCUGGAUGCAGCGUAGCUCUGGGUUCAAACCUUGCAGUGUUCCACUGCGGUUCUUAGAGGUUGAGCCGGAAGAAUUGAGACCAGCUGGUGGUGAUUGCGAAGAAGUCGUUCCGAUGGAGGCAACGUGUGCGUCUACUUUGUGGUUUGUUCGGCGAGACCACUAAAGCAAUGUGCUAGGGGUUGGUUUUUGCUGUUCUCGCAUUGCUACGUGCCUUUGGAAUCCCGAAUGUCGCCGUUUUCCGUCUCAGUUCUUGGUCCUUUCAAGUCUUUUCCGAAUUGGUGGUCCUGAGGAGGAGAAUCGAGUUUCUGGUUCACUACUUAGGAAAGGUCUGCGGAUCUCUGACGAGUUGAUGUGCGCUGGUGACAAUCCUCCCUUCGACACUGUAGAAUUUCCUCAUCAUGAUGGGUUGUUUUUCAACCUCGAAGUCUGAAAAACGCUCGUCCAGUUUACCAGAGUCCUCACAGCCGAGGACGAGCGUUCCGUCGAAAAGUACUCGCUACGGCCUGCUUUCGAAUAAACCCGUGGAGCUUCCUGACCCUAGAAGCCUUAACCUCCAACCUAUUCCCUCUGAGAGUGCCAAGAAUGCCAAACCUGUGGCGGCCGCAACCUGCCUGGAUGACGAUGAGGUCGCAGCCCUGGCCGAUCACUCCAUGACCAGAGGAAUGAACCGCACAGGGAGAAGGGCGGCAUUUUCAGGUCCACUCGUGGGGGCUUCGGUGUACUACGCGUCGGACGUCGAGUCGCGUGCAAUGGCAGGGAAGUCGUCUCGUGUUCUAGUCAAUUACAUGUCCAGCGACGAAACAAAUAAACCUUCUGGUCGAAGGACGCUCAGGAGAGCAACAAGCUUCGGUGGUCGGCCGCAGCCUCUGCCCCUUCCGGCAAUGGAUGAGGACAUGCCUGAGGAUCCCAAGCAGAUAAAGUAUUCACCGUUGCCAACCCCCGAAGACGCAACCCCUCGUGUGUCCUCCCGCUCCAUGUCGAGCGUGGGCUUGUUUGCCCCUUCAAGCCGAACCAGAUCGUUCAAGCUGGAAGAUGGGCCUGGCUCCCGGAGCACGCGGAAAGGAAGAGUGGCACCCAUGGGCGGAUUACCUCUUCCACCUCCUUCUGUUGCUAGCAAGUUGUUGCCAGGUUUGCCUACAUUUGAGUUCAGCGACCUGAUGAUCGCCACAGAUAACUUCUCGACCAGCCAUUGUCUUCAGAAAGGUGCAUUUGGUGCUGUGUACAGCGUUAGACUCAACGAUUCCACUACCGGGAACAAUGAGGAAGUCGGAAUGGCAGUACUUCGACUACCUGAAAGUUUCGUGCAGGGCCCCGUGGAAUGGAAGGCUCAGAUUCAGCUGCUCUUGCAGCUAUCAAACCCCAAUGUAUGUGCCCUCAAGGGAUACUGCAAACACGAUGAAGAGUCCAGCGUGAGCAUUCGCGAAAGACUGCAAGAACGACUUCUGGUAUUCGAGCAACCCCCCAAUGGCAGCUUGUACGACCACUUGUUCGGAAGUCGAUGCACGACUUACUUGGACUGGGACGCGAGGAUCAACAUCGCACUUGGUGCAGCUCUUGGGCUGUUGUACAUACAUGAUCGUGCUCCUCUGCAGAUUUUGUACAAAGAAUUCAAAGCAUCUAAUGUUUUGCUGGAUCAGAAUUACACGCCGAAGUUGGCUGGGUAUGGCCUGUCUGUCGCUGCUGCACCUAUCAGCAAAAAUUAUUCUUUCACCAUGAGCAUGAUGCUAAGCCAAACGCACGCAAGGAACAACGUAUGGAGCUUUGGGAUACUCCUCCUUGAGCUUCUCACCGGCAAGAAUAGCCAAGAUGCUGUGUACUUCGGCGAUGACAAAAACUUUUUGCAGUGGGGAAGGAAGUUCAUCAAGGAAGAAUCUAAACUGUCUCACAUCAUUGACCCGCGCAUGAAAGGAGUGUACCCCAUUAAGGGUGUUGUGGAGGUGGUUAAUUUGCUGCUUCAAUGUGCAAAUAAGAAGGAUGUGCUGCGGCCAAGUAUGUCAGAGGUCUCUGGAACACUGAAGGUUAUCAAAGCAAAGUACCGCAGCAACUCAAAGGUUCCUUCCAGUGGGAUUCUCUCGCCACAGAUGCCCGAAAGGCGAUCUCGAGACUCUCCCAUUUUCACAGACAUGCAAACCUCGUCGGACGCUUCCUCCUCUGAAAACGAGGAUACGUCAGUAUCCAAAAUCUCCCCUCAUGCCUUCCGCGGUGCGCGCAGCAACCUUUUCUAGGGCUUAACUCUCAAAAUUCUUGUGAAGAUGUGAUGCGGCCGAAGUGUCCAGUUGGUCGUCUCUGUGUAACAAUUCAUGUACAAUUUAAGUAGGUUUUACCCAAUUUAAGAGCCUGAUUGAAACUACGAUGGUGAGUCUCUAAAUCUGAUAAUUCUUUUGUAGUAGAUUACGGGUAGUUAACAUUCGGGCUGCGACUUGCAACUGUUAUGCAUGCUCCCUGGCAGCAGCCAAAUCUCUCAUCCUUCGAUAUUGCAAAUGCACGAAUAGAUGUUCAUAUUUGACAGUUUUUUAAGCAUCCAGAAUCUGUAUAAACGUAGGUUGGAAGGGAAUUGAUACACAACUGUAUAUUGCCAAUCGCGAAAAUGACACAGUUGUCAAGAACUUAUUAUAACGGUGGCAACCCGUAAUAGCAGCUGUACGCACAUUCCCCAA